ACCAGAGACCAGAACCCGUAAGGUUCUGACCCCCCACCCGGGGAAGACGACGCACGCAGUGCGCGAUAGUGACAGAAACCAGAAGCAAUCGAACGACAAAGGGAAGAAGAAAAAAAGUGCACACAGCAUGCUUAGAGAUAUGUGUGUGAUUGAACAUGUUGGUGUAGCGAUUGAUUUGGAAGUCAGCGCCAGAGGCGCCCCUCGCGGCCUGUUGGGGAAGCUUUCGCGUUAAUGUAAAAGUAAUCAGUGAAAAUAAGCCCCCCGAAAACAAAGCAAAAGCAAAAAGAGUAAGAAGAAUUGAUUGAUCCAUUCGGAUAAUGCGAGGAGGCUGCGAAUCGUGGAGUUGUAGUGCCGGAAACAUUGAGGCUGUUGCUGUUGCUGAAGUUGUUGUGGUUGUUGUUGGCUGCAAUUCGCGUACACUAGACUCGAUAAGAACUCAUAGCAAUGGAGCGAAUCCAGUGGUGCGGUAUCAUCCUUAUCAUCCUCAUCAAGAUUCUGUGCGCGCAGCCACUGGCGAGCAGCAGCUUUCCCUCGCUGAAAGGAGGGGGAACAGCGGGGACGAGUGGGAGCGGGGGAGCUGCAAAUGGCACAGAGAACCUUAGCAGUCGACUAGUUAGUCAAAUAGUUUUUAAUUCAACCCUGAACCACCUGGCGGUGGACCGGACGACGGGCAUGGUCUACGUCGGCGCGGUCAACAAGCUGUACCAGAUCUCGCCCGAUCUGAACAUCCUGGCCGCCGUCACGACGGGGCCGCACAACGACUCGAACGAGUGCUCGAUCCUGGAGUGCCCCUCCGACGUGGUCCGCCGGCCGACGGACAACUGGAACAAGGUGCUGCUGAUCGACUCGUCCGCGCCGAACCUGAUCGUGUGCGGGUCGCUCUUCCAGGGCGUGUGCCAAAUCCGGUCGCUCCAGAACAUCAGCGUCGUCGAGCACCGCGUCCAGGAGGCGGUCGUGGCGAACGUGGCCAACGCCAGUACGGUGGCGUUCAUCGCGCCGGGGCCGCCGGUGCCGUCGGAGAACAACGUGAUGUACGUCGGGGUCACGUUUACGGGGAAUUCUCCGUAUCGGAGCGAAAUUCCGGCGGUGGCGUCGCGAAGUUUAGCGCGGGACAAGAUGUUCCAGAUCGCGUCGGCCGCGGUCACGACGGGGACGAGGAUCUUUGUCAAUUCGUACGCGCGGGAGUCGUUCUUGAUCAAUUACGUGUACGGGUUCAGCUCGGAACGGUUCUCGUACUUCCUGACGACGCAGUACAAGAGCUCGGCGCACAACACGCCGAAGGAGUUGAUCACGAAGCUGGUGAGGAUCUGCCAGGACGACUCCAACUACUACUCGUACACGGAGAUCCCGGUGGACUGCAUCAGCGAGAGCACCAAGUUCAACAUCGUGAACGCGGCCCACGUGGGGAAACCCGGUCCGGAUCUGGCGGAGAACCUCGGCAUCACCACCGAGGACGACGUCCUGUUUGCGGUGUUCUCCGAGAGUCACGACUCCAAGAAUGCCAACAAGUCGGCGAUGUGCGUGUACUCGUUGAAGGCCAUCCGGCGCAAGUUCAUGCAGAACAUCAAGUCCUGUUUCAACGGCGUCGGUCAACGAGGGCUGGACUACAUCUCGAUCAACAUGCCGUGCGUGCCCACCAAACUCCAGACCAUCAGCGAAGAUUUCUGCGGCCUCGACGUCAACUCGCCGCUCGGCGGCGAACAAGCCAUCGCCUCAAUCCCCGUACUCCUCUCGGAACUGCGCAUGACCUCGAUAGCCGUCACGACAACCUCAAACUUCACCGUCGUCUUCAUCGGCACCCUCACCGGCCAGCUCAAAAAGGUCGUCGUAGAAUCAUCCUCCUCCGCCCAGCAGUACGCCCUCAUGAACGUCGACGUCGGUUCGCGCAUCCAGCCAGACAUGUUCCUCGACACGUCCAAGUUCGACCUGUACCUAAUGUCGCGCCACAAACUCUUCAAGAUCAAAGUGUACGACUGCUCGGUCUACACGACCUGCACGGCCUGCCUCUCAGCCCGCGAUCCCUUCUGCGGGUGGUGCUCCCUGGAGAACAAGUGCAGCCCCAAGUCCGAGUGCACGGACAACAUCCGCGAUCCCCUCUCCUGGUUGAGCUACAAGUCCGGCAAGUGCACCACCAUCACCAGCGUGAGCCCAAGUCAGCUGCAGCGGACGACGGCGAGGACGCUCGAGCUGAUGAUUGAGAAUUUGCCCAACCUGAAGGAGCCGCUCGUGUGUGCGUUCACCUUUGCCAACAUGGAGAAGCCGAUCAUAACGAACGCGACCAAGAAGCGGAACGGGGUGAACUGUACGACGCCGAGGACGGAUCUGCUGCCGCAGAUUGGAUACGGGAAGAACCACUUCAACGCGCAGCUCUCGAUCAAGACGAGCCAGGGUCCGGACAUUGUCUCGACCAAGUUCACCUUCUUCGACUGCAGCACGCACCUGUCCUGUACGCAGUGCGUUUCGUCCCAGUUCCCCUGUGACUGGUGCGUCGAGGCCCACCGGUGUACGCACGAUACGGCGGAGAACUGCCGCAACGACAUCCUGGUGACGGGCAUCAGCCGGAUCGGCCCCAGCUACCGGUCCGGGCCCGGCUUCUGUCCGACGAUCAACGCGACCGGCGACGGGCCGGAAAUCCUCGUCCCGGCGGGGUCGAAAAAAUCCGUCAAAGUGAAGGUGCAUAUCAUCGGUCAAUUCAUCGUCCAGACCCGGUUCGUGUGUCAAUUCAACGUCGAGGGCCGCGUUACGAGCGUCAACGCGCAGCUCCUGGGCGAUACGAUCUACUGUGAUGCGAUGGAGUUUGCGUACUCGGCCAAGACGCCGAAGCUGACGGCCACGUUCGCCGUCAUAUGGGGCGGCUCGAAGCCGCUCGACAAUCCUAAUAAUAUUCAUGUCGUAAUUUAUCGCUGUAAAGAUAUGUCCGAUAGCUGUGGUGUUUGCUUGGCGUUAGAUGAAAAGUAUAAGUGUGGUUGGUGUUCGUCGUCCAAUACGUGUGAGGUGGAGGAUCAGUGCGGAAUUAGCGGGAAGGUCGAGGGCAUGGAGAAGAAGGACUGGCUGAACAACCAGCAGACGUGCCCCAACCCGGAGAUUCAUUCGUUCGACCCGAAGACGGGCCCGUGGGAGGGCGGAACUAACAUUACGAUCCGGGGGAUCAAUUUGGGCAAGAAGUUCGAGGACGUUUACGGAGGGAUUAAGAUUGCCGGGAUCGAUUGCAUGCCGUACCGGGAGUUGUACGUCCAGACGAAAGAGAUUGUGUGUAAGGUUGAUGGGCCCGGGGUGAAGAGUCAUCGGUCCGGACGGGUCGUGGUACAGAUUUCAGACUUUAGAGGCGAGUCAACGUAUGAUUUCGUGUUUGUCGAUCCGGAGAUUACGGACUUUGGGCCGAAGUUCGGACCGAUCGCGGGCGGGACGAUCAUCAAGAUCGUCGGCAAGGAUCUCAACACCGGCAGCAGGGUGAAGGCGUACCUGGAUCAGCACACGUGUGCGAUUUUGAGUACGGAUGAAAACGAGGCUACCUGCCGGACGACGGCCGUGUCGAACCAGAUUCAGGGCAAGCUGCGGAUGGAGUUUGACAACGGGGUGCGCGAGUUCAGCGGGGACAACUUUGAGUAUGUGGCGAACCCGUCGAUCGAUUACGUGACGUCGGGGGAUGCGGGCACGCGGACCGCCAAGGGCAUCCCGGCCGGCGGCAUCAAGAUCUUCGUGGUGGGUCAGAACUUUUUCUCGAUCCAGAAGCCGAAGAUCUACGUGUACUACCACGACCGGAUCUUCCUGAACGAGUGCCAGUCCAUCUCGAACAAGGACAUGACGUGCGUGUCGCCGGAGAUUGACAUCCCGGAGGAGGACACGUUCGGGCAGUCGGACGAGCCGCUGCAGCUGGAGUACGGGUUUAUAAUGGAUGACGUGAAGUCGGUGAAGAAUUUGUCGGCGAAGCUGGGGAGUCGGUUUGAGUUGUACCCGAAUCCGGUGUACUAUCCGUUUGAGGAGAAGUUGAAGCACUUUAACAGCGAGUACUUGACGAUCAAUGGGAAGAAUUUGGACCGGGCGUGUAAGGAGAGUGAUGUGGUGGUGAAGAUCGGGGACAAUGCGGUUUGUAAUAUUACUAGUUUGUCGAGGCAGCAGUUGACGUGUAGGCCGCCGGUUGAUCAGGAGAUCAAGAAGGUGAAUGUGAAGGUGAUCAUUGGGAACUCGCUGACGUAUGAUAUUGGGUACAUGAGCUAUACGUCGGCUAGUAUUUUGCCGAGUAUCAAUAAUAAGGCGGUGACGAUGAUCGCGAUCAUAGGUCCGGUGAUCUUCUUCUUGAUCUUUGUGGCGUUGGUGAUCGCGUACAGGAAGAAGACGAGCGAGAAUAACAGGGUGUUGAAGAACAUGCAGGAGCAGAUGGACAUUCUGGAGUUGCGGGUCGCGGCGGAGUGUAAGGAAGCGUUUGCGGAGCUGCAGACGGAGAUGACGGAUCUUGGUGGGGACAUUACGAGUGGAGGUAUUCCUUACUUGGACUAUAGGACGUACGCGAUGAAGAUCCUGUUCCCGAACCACGACGAUCACGUGGUGUUGCAGUGGGAGAAGCCGGAGUUGCUGCGGAAGGAGAAGGGUUUGAGGCUUUUUGGACAGUUGGUGAUGAACAAGACGUUCUUGCUGCUGUUUAUCCGGACGUUGGAGAGCAAUCGGUACUUUUCGAUGCGCGAGCGGGUCAACGUGGCUUCACUGAUCAUGGUGACACUGCAGAGCAAGCUGGAGUACUGUACGGACAUUUUGAAGACGCUGCUGGCGGAGUUGAUCGAGAAGUGCAUCGACGGCAAGAGCCAUCCGAAGUUGCUGCUGCGGCGGACGGAGUCGGUGGCGGAGAAGAUGCUUUCGGCGUGGUUCACGUUCUUGCUGUACAAGUUCUUGAAGGAGUGCGCUGGGGAGCCGCUGUACAUGCUGUUCCGGGCGGUUAAGGGUCAGAUCGAUAAGGGACCGGUGGACGCGAUCACGCACGAGGCGCGCUAUUCUCUGAGCGAGGAGAAGCUGAUCCGGCAGAUGAUCGAGUUCAAGGUUUUGACGGUGUACGCGAGCAUUACGCAGCCACCGAUUCUGUGCAAUAACAUCGAGAUGAUCCCGACCAACACGGAGAACAUUCCGGUUAAGGUGCUGGACUGCGACAGCAUCGGCCAGGUCAAGGAGAAGUGUCUGGACACGAUCUACAAGGCGAUCCCGUGGGGUCAGCGACCUCGCAAGGAGGACCUCGACCUGGAGUGGCGCACCGGCAGUUCCGGGCGGGUCAUCCUGUACGACGAGGACUCCACCUCCAAGACUGACGGCGAGUGGAAGAAGCUCAACACGCUGCACCACUACCGGGUCAACGACGGCGCCUGUCUCAGCCUCGUGCCCAAGGAGAGCUCCAUCUACAACAUCACACUGAUAGGGGAGAAAUACUCGGAGAAGAUCCACAAGUACGAAACACUAAACAUAUCGAAGUACGUGUCCCCGUCGCCGCCGUUCAGCCGGGCCGGCAGCCCCAUGAACGUGGACAUGCAGGAGAACAGUAUCAAGUACUGGCACCUGGUCAAACACCACGACAGCGACGGCUCGAAGGAGGGCGAGCGGGUCAACAAGAUGGUCUCCGAGAUCUACCUGACCCGGUUACUGGCCACCAAGGGCACGCUGCAAAAGUUCGUCGACGACCUGUUCGAGACGAUCUUCAGCACCGCGCACCGCGGCUCCGCACUGCCACUAGCGAUCAAGUACAUGUUCGACUUCCUGGACGAUCAGGCUCUCUUGCACGGCAUCACCGACCCGGAGGUGGUGCACACCUGGAAGAGCAACAGCUUACCGUUGCGAUUCUGGGUGAAUCUCAUCAAAAAUCCCAACUUUGUGUUUGACAUUCACAAGUCAAACAUUGUGGAUUCUUGCCUAUCGGUUGUGGCGCAAACCUUCAUGGACUCGUGCUCGACAUCCGAUCAUAGGCUAGGCAAAGACUCACCUAGUUCUAAGCUUUUAUACGCUAAGGAUAUUCCGUCGUACCGGGAGUGGGUGGAGCGGUACUACAGCGACAUCCGGGAGAUGGCGGCCAUAUCGGACCAGGAUAUGAACGCGAUGCUCGCGGAAGAAUCGAGGGUAAGUCUCCACACGACCGAGUUCAACACGAACUGCGCCCUGCACGAGCUGUACUCGUACGCGGUCAAAUACAACGAGCAACUGACGGUCACCCUGGAGGAGGACGAAUUCUCGCAAAAGCAGCGACUUGCCUACAAGCUGGAACAGGUGCACAGUAUUAUGUCGGCCGAGUAGAAAGGGGGUGGGGACGGGGGGGGACAUUUUAGUGAGGGGGGAAAAGCAACACGAAAAACAAGAAUAAGACAAGUAAGCAAAUUGUGUAACGCAGUGUAAACAGAAUAUACACUAUACAGAAAAAAAAACAAUGUAAAAAAAUUGCAAAAUAAAAAGUGCAAAACCAAAAAAAAAAAAAACAAAACAACCAAGCAAACAUUAUUCAGUGGAGAGUGUGAAAUUUAUUGUCGAAAGCAAAGCAAACAAACAAAAAAAAAAAACAAGUAAGAAUACAACCCUGUCGUAUCUAUUUUUAACACAGUCGCUUUAUUGAAUGAUGGAUUAAAAAGAAAGCAGCAAAACAAAACAAAACAAAA